AUGUUGACUAAAACACUAAUAGCUGUUCUAACGGUUACAGCGUGUUUAGCUGUACCGUCAAACAUCAUCCGUCCGUGUAAGCUACACAACAAAGAAUGUAUCCGCGAGAACCUGGCCAUCAACUCGCAAUGCAACCCGAAUGUACGCGGGUUCGUUCCCAGCGAGUACACGAUCCCAAGCUUUCGCUACGACACGCCGUACUUCAACGCCACUUACAUCGACCAAGAUCUGAUCAUCAAAAAUCAUAAUAACUGUCGUGUUUCAGAGUUUUUCUUUAACAUGGCUUCUGACGCGGCAGUACUCGCCCUGGACUGCCCCGCGCUGGACUUCUCCUCCACCAGGAUGCUCAUCCAGCACUACUCCCUUCGAGAGGACACUCAGUUUAGUUUCAGCUUUAGCGGGAACUAUCCUUUGGUCCGUCUAACUAUGCACUUACCGCACGCCAACGCAAUGGACCUAUGCACCUCCUUCACUUUCGCCGACGUCACUGAAUUACCGAUUUUCAACAUAAAUCCUAACGGUAAGACAUCAAAAUUUACU